AUCCAAUUCAGAACAUGCAACCACAACACAAACAAGACGAGUCGAGUCUCGGUCUUCUAUCGAUCAUUGCUGAGAAAGAAGAAUGAGGCUGAUGGCUGUCUCUCGAGACCUCCCAGCUGCACUUCUUCUUCUUCUAGUAGUUCUGAUUGGAUUGUCAUCAUCAGUGUCAGCAUUGAAUGGCAAUGGCACUACUAUAGAUAGAGACUUUGCAACUUUCCACGAUGUUCCCUUUGCGCUGUCGACGGCGUUGAUGGGCGUGGACGACCACGACGAUAGUGGCAGUCGUCGGCAAGACUUGUGCAGUCGCUACGAAGCGUAUCGUCAUGGCAAUGUCACCUUACGCCACGCUCUACGGCAGAUGCAACUGCAUGUCUUGAUGCCCGAACGAGGCGAUCGCUUCUUUCGCUACUCCAACACCACGGGCAUUGCACAGUCUUACCCGGGCUUGACGGCCGAUUUGAUGGACCGAUUGGCCAUACGAGCCGGAUUUACAUGGCGCCAAUCGUUUGGGACAUUGCCACAAGUUCCCACCUAUUACAAUUUGACGUACACGGAAAUGCUAUGGUGGGCCGUCAAUACGUACGAUAUCGCGGUAGGCCGAUACGAUCGGUCGUUGGAACGCAUGGAAUUGGGGAUCUCGUAUAUGGAACCCUUUUUUGAUGGAUCCAUUAUUCUCUUGGAUAAAAUAGAAGCAACGGUGGGACUGGCACAAUUGGCACAAGAGCGCGUCUAUUUGGGCAACUGGCUGCGACCCUUUACACCCGACGUCUGGGCACUGACAUUGGUCACCAUUGUGGUUUCGGCACUCAUCUAUCAGUUUAUCGAAUUCAUCAAUGGAGAACGACAAGCCCGAUCCAUGGGGCAGUGGAUUAUGGACAAUCUAUAUCUCAGUGUACUCAGUGCGGCACAGAACUUUGAAUAUGCUCCCUCCACUGCAGCUGGAAGAAUAUUUGCUGUAUCCAUGACCUUUUGGAGUCUGGUCAUGACGGCAACCUACACGGCCAAUCUCGCAUCUCUCUUUGUCGAUGAAAACAAACCCGUUACGUCAAUUUCCACCAUGGAAGAAGCUGCCGCAUUGCAAAUUCCAAUUUGCGUUCUGAGGGAUACCAACAUGGAUAUUCUCAUUAAGCAACGAUAUCAAGGCGUCAAUCGAAUCCCAAAACUGUACGAAUUGGAAAUGUACCAGGCAUUGAAUAAUGGAGAAUGUCAGCUACUGGCAGAAGCCAGAAGUAGUUGGGAGGAACUACAACAUCGAAAGGCAUACAAUCCAGACUGCGAUUUGAAAUGGGUCGGACGAACGGUACAAGGAGUCAAAUCGGGAUUUGCCGUCAAGGCAGAUGUAGGAUACAAAUGCACCAGUCUUAUACGAGAUGUUUUCAAUCUACACAUUCAUGAAAUGGAACGCAAUGGCGAACUGGAUGAUGUAUGGAAAAUGCAUGAAUCGCAAAUUAAGGACGCCAAUUGCAAUGAUGCCCUGGAUUUCGUGCACAAACAAGAAGACUAUACCGGCACGGACGAUCGACAGCGACAACGACAAUUAGGGGGGUAUGAUUCUUACUGGAACAGUGACAACGACAAAAAGAAGAAGAAGUCACAACAAUCCAGCCGGCGCAAAUUAGAAGGUGGUGCUGCGGGUUCUUUUGGAGGCAAAAAUGGAGGAAAUGACGAGAAUACCAAUUCACUGACGCUACGGCAAAUGGCUGGUACGUUUGUCUUUCACUAUGGCAUGAUGUUUUUGGCCAUGGUCACCUGUGUGGCCGCUCCGUUUUGGCGGAAAUUGGAAAAAUCCCUUGGGUGGGCGCAGCCAGAACAGGUCAUUGUACGAUCUCAUGGACCGAUGGUGGGAUCGCCGCCCAAACGGACGUCGAGCAUUAAUGGUGAAAACCGGAAAAGUUGGGGCAUCAACACGUACGUCAUGCCGCAAGAAUUGGCUCCCUUGGACGAGCAGAGUUUGAGCAAUCCUAAUUGCGCGGAAAAAAGAAAGGGUGAUCUCGACAAUUUACAAAAGCAAUUGACGGCGGAUUUGCAAGCACAAAGAGAACACACGGAACGAAAGUUGGACGAUCACAUGGGCAUGGUCGUCAUGGUUCUCAACGAAGUGAGAAAGCAGAACAGGCAACUGCAAAAUCAGGUCCAGGUCGUCGCCAGACAAAACGUUCAACUCCAGGACCAGUUGGAGGACUUGAAAAGGACCAACAACAGCACACAAUCAAACAGUUUGUUGCAGCCAGACAUCAUGGCAGGUGACACGAAGGCAACAACGAGUCUGGCAACCAAGAGCAGAAAACAGAGCAUUCAACUGCAGGAUCUGUCAGAGGACAUAGCACGAGACAACAAACAAAGGCAAAGUCGAGUACGUGUGUCAGAGCAAAAGAAGCCAUCUACGAAUCUGACGAGAAGAAAUCAGAGCAGUCAACUACAGAAUCAGUCGGAGGCACUAAUCAAAGACGGCCGAGUUCAUGACACGUCAGAGCAAAAGAAGGCGUCCAGAAAACAACAACCAGUCGCACUGUCAUCGGCAGCCCAGCAGCAGCAGCAUAACGGUUACGUUCCUUCCAAGCACAUCAUCGAUUUUCUACGUCGACACCAGUUGGAAUUCGAGCAAGAACUGGCAUGAGUUGAAUUGGUGGACAUGCUAAACGGCAUACCAAGAAAGGCACCACGAGAGCCCGGAGCUGCACAAGAUGCUGAUUCAGUCCCGACGGAACUUGGAAGGCUCUGCAGGAACACAACAGAGUGAGUUCGAAGGCCAACGCGAAAGGUGGGAAGAGCCGAACAUGCAUGGCAAUUCAAUGCCUGGCUAGGAACCGGGGUACAUCCAUCCGCGAGCAAGGAUUAGGCAUCCAAGUAGCUACACACUGCUAUAUAGCAUGGGAAGGUUUCGAUUGAGCAUCUAUGAAUCAUUUAGCGUACUAGAAGAGAGGGACAACACUUCCACCCCGUCUUCAUUUGUGGGAUAUUGCAGGGCGGGCUCACUGAUUCCAUACAUCCUCCGAAAAUUGGUCCCACGUAUCAACACGAGACGUGGUUUGGGGUGUUGCACUACUUGGCGUUGCCUUUGAUAAGAGUCGCUUGAGCCUUUGGUUUUCUUUCGUCAAGGCUGCGUUUUCCCACGUCAGUUUCUCAAUGAGGGCGUUCCGCUCCAGCUCCUGCACGAUGGACGAACUGGUUGACCCUUCACCUUGACCUUGGAGAGAGAAGGAGGAUAGAGAUAUCCCUUGUCCUUGGAGAGGUAAGGAGGACAGAGCCGCAGCCGCAGAAGCAGCGGCUGUUGCUGCCGCGGAUAACGCAGCUGCCAACGCCGCCGUGGAGUUGUCCCCUUGGCCGUGUGUACUCGUCGUCGUCGUGCUGAUGGUGGAGGCGGACGAUAAGCUGUCGAGGUGCGGCUGUGCUGCCAACAGGGCUGCCACCGACGCAGAUGCUGCUUGCUGUGCUGCUUUGGUCAAAGAGUGGGGUUCAUCCUGGGACACCUGGGUGCUCGUUGCCACUUCAAUUAUUUGUCUGCUGCAAUGCUCGGUUGUGAUGCUGGGCAGUGUGGAGUCGACUGUGGGAGCCGUUAUCACCGACUCGUGCGAAGCUUGUUUUGGGUAUCGUCGUUGGGCUUCCAAAAAGCUCAAGCUGGGAGUCCAGCCGUGUUGCUUCUUAGCAGGAUUGGAUUGGGGUGCUUUGCCUUUUCCUGUGUGUCUGUCUCUUUGAGCCGACAUGCCCUUUGGGCUUUUUGGGCCUACGGUAGACGCUUGGUUGCUUGGUGGUUCGGAGACCACAAUGGCUUCCGUACUCUCUUUGGCGUCGUUCUUGGAUUCUAGAGCACUUAAACUAGCCCUUCUGCUUGGGCGUCGUUGGAGAUAUCGGCCAUUUUGUAGUUCUCUCCUGCCUCUGCUUUCUUUGUUUCUGGCCCGGGCUUCUUUGUUUCUGGCCCCAGGUUCUUUCUUGCGUGCCCCAACUUUUUGGUCAGCGGCUCUCCCACCGCGCUGUACUCUCUGACCGGGAACCCGUUGUUGGCUUUGCCUGGUAAUAUCCAAACUGCCUGGCGGUGGCGAUGAUCUUCCGCUUAUGCACGGGGUGCUUCCUCGCCUUGCCAUAUGAUUUUGAAUCUGCGACUGCUGCCUGGUUACUGGUAAGGAGCUAGCGCUGGAGCCUAGCCUGUGAUUGACAUCAUGGCGAGUCUUCCUGGGGCGGCUGUCACUAUUAUGGAGGGGCCCUUUCUUACUUGGUUUUGUGCUCCUUUUUAGUUUCUCUUGCUGACUCCUUUGCUGACUCCUUUUUGCAUGAUGGUUGGUUCUGGAAACCUCUGCUCGAUGGGUGUGAGCUCUCUUCGUCCUAAUGUGCUUUACCUCGCUCUCUUGAGAAAACGUGCUCAUGCUUU